AUGUAUGAAAGGAAGGUUGGGCCAUAUGUUAAUCCAGAGUUCGUGAAAGGGGUUGAUGAAUUCAUGCAAUACGUCAAAGAUAAUCCCGAGAGUAGUAACCCGAAUGAAGUUAGGUGUCCAUGUGCUAAAUGUAAGAACAAACGGCUUUGGGAACCAGAUACGGUUAAAAUUCAUUUGUUUCGCGCGGGUUUUGUACCUAAUUACUAUGAGUGGAUGUGUCACGGGGAAGGGUUUCCGACAGUUCCUGCACGUGGGUCCAAUGAAUAUUGUGAAAUGGUUUUUGAUGCGUUUGGUCAAAGUCGGGAUCAAGGGCAUUCCGAGCAGGCUAGUGUUUCAUCAGAGGAGGAGCCUAAUGCCCAAGCUAAGCAUUUUCUGGAUUUGUUGAAGGCUUCUGAAAGGCCAUUAUACGAAGGGAGUUUGUUUUCUGUGUUAGAGAUGGCCGCUAGAAUCACCAGUCUAAAAUGCGAGUAUAAUCUUCCCCACAGAUGUGUCGAUGGGUAUGUUUCACUUCUCAGUGAAGCAAUUCCUAAUAACAAUCAAAUGGUCGACACAUUCUAUGAGGUGAAAAAGAUUGUGAAGGGCUUAGAACUGCCUCAUGAAAGGAUUCACGCUUGUCCAAAAGGAUGUAUGUUGUUUUGGAAAGAUGAUGCCCAGCUGUCUACAUGUAGGGUGUGUGGCAGCGAUCGAUACAAGCAGACUUCCAAGGGUAGCCUAGUGCCUUUGAAAGUUUUGUUUUAUUUCCCGAUCACACCAAGGUUGCAAAGGCUGUUUACAACCAAGACUAUUUCGGAGGAAAUGACAUGGCAUUCGAAAAAUCCUCGAGUGAAAGGCAUUAUGGCACACCCUAGUGAUAGUGAAGCUUGGAAACACCUGGACAACUGCUUUCCAGAGUUUGCCUUCGAGCCUCGUAAUGUUUGGCUUGGCUUGUGUACAGAUGGUUUUGCUCCUCAUGGCAAGUUUGGGGGACAAUAUUCUUGUUGGCCUGUCAUUUUGACCCCUUACAACCUGCCUCCCUCAAUGUGUAUGAAAAGACAAUUUAUGUUCCUUUCGUUGCUCGUUCCUGGUCCUAAAAAUCCUAAGGGCAACUUGGAUGUGUACAUGCAACCGUUGAUUGAGGAGUUGAAACAGUUGUGGGAAGUUGGUGCGCAUACGUACGAUAUUUCCAUGAAACAAAAUUUCAAUCUUCGAGCAGCCAUCCUAUGGACCGUUAGUGACUUCCCGACUUAUGGUAUGUUGUCCGGUUGGGCCACAUCUGGUAAGAAAGCUUGUCCAUAUUGCAUGGACAAAAGCAAAGCAUUUUGGCUAGAAAAUGGUUGUAAGGUGUCUUGGUUUGAUUGCCACCGCCAGUUCCUUUCGACGAAUCACCCUUUUCGGAAUAAUAGAACUGCGUUUUGCAGAAACAAAGUCGAAAAGGGUGCACCUCCACACAUUAUGUCUGGAGAGGAGCUAUGGGAAUGUGUGAAAGACCUUCCGAAGGCUACAAAUGGGCCCGAGUCACUUCGACGCCUCAAAAAAGAAAAGAAGGGGUGGUUCAAGCAAAGCAUACUGUGGGAGUUUCCAUAUUGGAAGCAUCUGCUUGUUUGUCACAACCUAGAUGUCAUGCACAUUGAAAAGAACUUCUUUGAUCAGUUAAUUCACACUGUAAUGGAUAUGAAAAAGCAGACGUGUGACACGUCAUUCGCUCGAAAUGACAUUGCCAAAUAUUGUAAACGUCCGCAGCUUCAUCUUCAGCAGGAUGAUAGGGGAAAAGAGUUCAUGCCAAUGGCUCCAUUUUCUCUUGACAAGGCUCAGAGAAAAGUUUUGUGUGAGUGGGUUAAACAACUGCGGUUUCCUGAUGGUUACGCCUUCAAUUUGAGCAGAUGCGUCGAUUUGCAAGCAUGUAAGCUCCACGGAAUGAAAAGCCAUGACUGUCACGUGUUCAUGGAGAGGUUGUUUCCUACUGCUCUGAGGGAAUUUCUCCCUUUCCAUGUUUGGAAUGCAAUAACAGAGAUCAGCCAAUUCUUUCGCGAUUUGUGUUGCUAUACAACAUCGGUUAGUGACAUGGAGCGAUUGGAGAAUAACAUAGCUGAGAUACUGUGCAAGCUUGAGAAGGUUUUCCCCCUUGCAUUCUUUAACUCCAUGGAGCAUUUACCCAUUCAUUUGCCAUAUGAGGGGAAGUUAUGUGGUCUUGUUCAAUAUAGAUGGAUGUAUUCGUUCGAAAGUCGAAAUGUGAAUGCCGACGUGGACUCCACAGUGGACGACGCUGAUAUUCCAGAGUUGUUCAAGGAGGAUAGCGGUCGUGUGUCAACUGAGGGCAAAACUCGGUUUUUAGAUGAAAAAGAACUUGAUUGCGCUCAUCUAUUCGUGUUACGAGACACCGGCAUUCUUGGUGAAUACGAAAGGAAGUUUGAGGACUAUGUCCUUAGUACUCGACCUUAUCUGCGUAGAGAAGAAGUAAUGGAGAAAUGCAAAGCUGAAUUCCCUGAUUGGUUUCAUCGCAAGGUUAUUGAGGAGGAACAAAACUCGGAUGUGCUGCGAGCGUUGUGCAUGCGCCCUUUCAAGCAUGUUCGAACUUGGAAGCAGAUUUUUGUCGGUGGCUUUAAUUUCCAUACAUAUGCCAAUGGCAAGUACAAAUCUACGAUGAGUUAUGGCGUGUGUGUAUCAAGUGAGGAUGGUGGAGAGUACUACGACAUUUUAGACGACAUUAUUGAACUGGUCUACACUGGUCCCGAAAAAGAGUACAAGACUAUUUUGUUUAAGUGUAGUUGGAUGGAUUGUGGUAGGGGAAUGAACAUACAUGAACAGUACAAGCUUGUCGAAGCACCAUCCCCACAAUUACAUGCAACACUUUGCCCACCGAAUGAUAUUCCAGACUAUAUCCAAGAUGAUGAUGAUGAGGAAGAUCACGAUGGCUUUGUUAUCUCGAGUGAUGAAGAUGAUGAAUCUAGCAUCAACUCUAGUGAUAGUAAUGAGGAUGAUGAUAUCGAUGUAUUAUUAGAUGAUAGUAGUGAUGAUUCCAGUAGUGAUAGUAGUAGUGAUGACAUUAAUGAAUAG